ACACGGACAUCGACUUUCGCCUCGACCGUGAUCGCAACGUCGCCUCCAUGAAGGCCAUGGUGCAUCUGCUGCUGCUCCUGCUGCCCCUGGUAGCGCUCACCCACGGCUACUGCACCCAGCAGAAGCUCUCAGCGGACAUCGUCAUGCGGGACGGAGUCCCGGUGCUGGAGGAGGGGUCGUGCAAGGACGAAAACGGCGAGUCGCGACUCGCCGGCGAGCAGUGGAGAGCGCGUGGCUGCAUGCAGUGCACGUGCGGGGAGACGGCCGUCUCCUGCUGCAGCAUCGGGGGCAGAGCGGUGAACUUUGGGGCCGACUGCGAGGCCGUGUUGGAUGUUGACACGUGCCGCUACUCGGUGGUGAAGAAGGACGACCCGAGCCAGCCGUGCGCGCACGACAUGGUGGGAUAGCGCGGAACGCGACGCGUGGGGACCCGUCCGCCACCGCCACGGCGCGAACCCAGACCACGCGAGAUCAGCGGAGAGAGAGGGAGGGAUGAUUGAUCAUGAUGAUUAUUGCGAUGGAGGAGUUAAGGUUAAGUGGUGGUGGGGUGAUGGGUGCACGCUAACGGCGCUUGCUCCAACAACCUGCUAUACACGCUUUGUCUUUGGAGUAUUUCGAUUUAAAGCUUUCGUGACUGCAGGGGUUCAUCUUCUUGGUUCGAGGAGGAAGGGCGCCUUGACAAAGGAAUUUGAUAACCCAGCUUAAAUAUACGCUGCCAAGCUUGGUGGUGUUCAUUCAGACGCUGUCUUUCCGACAGACCUGUUCUUCACCUGAGGACGGCUGCUUGCGUUGUGGCUGAAACGUCGUGAGAAUUGUAUUUUAUUAUGUUUUAUUUUUAUUAUUGUAUUAUUUCCCUUCUACGUGACUUUACCGAAAGAACCAAGAAGAUGUUGAGUAUUUGUUAAAUGACGGUUUCUCAUAUUUGGAGUGCUCACUACCUACACGUGGCACCUGCACGCGAGUUGAUGUCAUCAUCAUCAUGGCUCUAUCGACGUUUGCCCAGGUGUGCUCCCUCCUUGCAACUCCCAGUCCGUCGCUAGUCUCGACCACCUGACGUCAUGUGUUCUCACGACGUCUCCCGCCCACCAAGUUCGCUUAGACUCCUCAAACACUCAACGCAUUCGUCAACAGCACUGCUGCCUUCAAAAAAAUAAAUACAAGUAUAUGAUAAUACGUAUGUUGAACUUCUUUCGCACCGUACGAAGCCAUCCGUGCUAAUCGGAGGUGCGGGGGAACAGGUGACGUUUCGGGCAGCCUGUCCUUCGAGUCAGUGUUUCUACAAUCAGGAUGAUGUCUCUGACUUGCGUGCGUUCUCGAAUCCACGUGCCCCUCGUUCUGGACAAUUCCAAGCGCGCUUUUCUCCGCGCCUCGAAGUGUCUUGAGUGAUUUUAUCGCUCAUGGGAGAUGUUGAUACAAUCAUGACAUGCAGUCGAUGGCCCAUGCUAUUAGCUGCAUUUGAACGCAAAAAGAUAAGAUGGUGUAACAUUUUAUAUCGGCAGUUUUGUUCGCUUCAGUGACCACUCAAUGUCGAGCGAGGUUGAAAGUUUUGCGCACGAUAUUGGUGGACCGAGUUUACAAAUAUGCACAUCUAGAAGUAAUUGAAUCACACACAAUAAAAAAUGAUUUCAUUAAAGCUCACCGCGUGUGUCUGUGAGGAGUGGUAGUGAAGCGCUUGGCGCGCUGCGCUACGAAACCGGCGAUCCGAGUUCGAUUCCCGCUCAC